AGUCGGCGCUAGCUUGACUUAUAUAUAAAAGUGAAUCAUGCUCCAUCGUUUUUGAAAGUUGAUGGAUUCAUUUGCAAGUACAUUUAUAUCAACUACUGCAUAUUUAAAGUGCAUUCAAAAGUGAUCUAUUUUCGUUACUGUUACUAAAAUAAUAUACUGAAAGCUACCCCAUGAUUUAUUCUUCACUAUUUCGCUUUAACGCAACCCAGCCGAACAGUUCGAAGGUCUCAGUUCAAUAGACUAAAUCAUUGUUUAUUUUGAUUUGGCUUAAAUUAUGGAUAACUUUAAAAGGCAAACUCCCGCGGAAAAUAAUGGAAUUCUCUCAUCUUCAUCAAAUAUAACUACCCUUCGCUCUGCAACAACCGAGCAUAUAUCAUUUAAUGGGAAUCAGUAUGGGAACAAUUUUAAGAAAUUAAACGAUAACGAUUUUCAAUUCACAAAUUCGCGGCAAAAAGAAAUGGAAAAAUUUGGUAUUUCAUCGAAAAAAAUAAAAAGGCGUCGCAACAGUGACACAUCAAGCGAUGAAGAAAGAUGGUUAAAUGCGAUAGAGACUGGAAAUCUAGCGGACGUUGAUGAUGAAAUGAAAAAAAUUAAGGACCCGAAAUUGAUGACAGCAAGGCAACGUGCUAUGUAUAAACGAGCAAAAGAUAGUUUUAGUGGGUUUGUGGAAGAGCUUAUUUCAUUACCCAGUGGAUAUAAAGAAAAAGAAAAGCCACAAACUGAAGAGGAGAUCAAAAGAGCUGUUUUAAAAUCACAGAAACGCAAACAGCAAGCAGAUGAACGUCGCGAAAAAGAUAAAAAAAAAACUAUGGAUCGACUACUCAAGAAACAAGAAACCAAUAAACAAAGAUCUACUGUGCGAAAUAAGCAUAGCCAAAGGUCCUUUGAUCCAAAACUAAUAUAUGUCAGUUCAAUAGGCGCUACCUAUAUCUUGAUUCCACCUAAUCAAGAAUUUCCCAUUAAAUCGCGAAAAAGCCUUUUACCACCUCAACGGAAAUUAUGUGUUGUCACCGAUUGCGGAAAUCUUAAAGCGUAUACCUGCUCAAAAACGAAUGUACCAUUAUGCAGUCUUGUAUGCUAUAAAAAAAAUCUUUUAGGACUGAAAUCUUAAUUUUUUUUCUUUGUAUGAUAUUUAACAUUGUCGGUUUAAAUAAUAUUCUGUAUAAAACCGUUUUUAAUAAUUAAAUUUUAGUAAAUACAAAAAAAUGUAUUUCUUUAAAUUUUUGUGAUGCCUCUGUUUGAUGUGAAACAAGAAAA